AAAAUAGUAUGGGCCAAAAAUAGUUUGAAGAAAACUUGACAAGGCCCAUAUCCAUGAUUACGGUAGAAUUAGGGUUACUUAUGCGGCAGCCUCCUCACUUGAGUUUUUCUUUUUCUCUCUAACUUUGGAACUUUUGGCUGCUCUGUUAAUCUCACAAUAUGGCUAGAGGAUUGAAGAAGCAUUUGAAGAGGCUCAAUGCCCCCAAGCAUUGGAUGCUUGACAAAUUGGGUGGUGCUUUUGCUCCAAAACCCUCGUCAGGACCACACAAAUCUAGGGAAUGUCUUCCCCUCAUUCUGAUUUUGCGAAACAGAUUGAAGUAUGCUUUGACGUACCGUGAAGUUAUCGCUAUUCUCAUGCAACGACAUGUCCUUGUUGACGGCAAAGUCAGGACUGACAAGACAUAUCCAGCUGGAUUCAUGGAUGUUGUCUCAAUUCCUAAAACAAAUGAGAGCUUCCGUCUGCUUUAUGACACCAAAGGCCGCUUCCGUCUCCACUCAGUCAGAGAUGAUGAGGCAAAGUUCAAGCUCUGCAAGGUUCGUUCAGUGCAAUUUGGGCAGAAAGGUAUCCCAUACCUUAACACCUAUGAUGGUCGCACUAUCCGUUACCCAGACCCCGUCAUCAGGGCUAAUGACACCAUCAAGCUGGAUCUGGAGGAAAACAAGAUUGUUGAUUUCAUCAAAUUUGAUGUUGGGAACGUCGUUAUGGUUACUGGUGGUAAGAAUAGGGGACGUGUUGGAGUGAUUAAGAACAGAGAGAAGCAUAAGGGAACAUUCGAGACAAUCCACGUUCAGGAUGCCACUGGUCAUGAGUUCGCAACUCGUUUGGUCAAUGUGUUUACUAUUGGCAAGGGCACAAAGCCAUGGGUAUCUCUUCCCAAGGGUAAGGGUAUUAAGCUUACAGUCAUCGAGGAAGCUAGGAAGAGGGCUGCUGCGGCUCAACAAGCAGUUGCUGCUUAAAUAUCUAUGGACUGAGUGUUUUGUAGUUUUUAUUCGACUCUUGUGUUUUGAAUAUCUUUAUCAAUUUUGGUGUUAUAUGUCUUUUAUAAUCUGCGCAACUUCGGUUCAUCCCUAGCUGGAUAUUGUCAUGGAAAUGUUAUUUUAGACUAUUUUUCUUUUAUUUUCAUCUUAUCAAAAAGCCAGUUUAUCACAUAACCAAAGCUGAAAUUUUGAUUUUA